UCACCCACUUCAUAUCUCAAACCAAGUAGACUCAUUACAACAACAAGAAACUCUUUCACCCACAAAAAGAAACCUUCAAAAAAAAAAUAUUCAAAAAAUGGUGAAAAGCUGCAGAUCUUUGCUAUUGAUUCUCCUUCUCAUCUCCGUCUCUCUAUCCACGGCAAGGAUCUUACCAGGAGAGUUUCUUCCGGUCAUCGAUAAAGUCGUCUUAUCCGGCGAGAUAGCGCCUGAUACCAAGGCGGUGGUGGGUUGCGGAGACGAGGUGGUGGAGAUAAAGACGGAGUAUUCUUUUAUGCCUGAAGUUUUCGCCGGAAAAUUUGGAUCAUUGGUGUUGAAUGCUCUUCCGAAAGGUGGUCGUCCGGCGUCAGGGCCCAGCAAGAAAAGUAAUGACGUCAAGACUUAGAAGAUGUCCUUUUGUCUGAUCUUGUUGAUUUUUCCUGUCCGAAUUAUUCUUUAGUUUCCUAUUCUUUUGACAAUACUUUUGAUAGUUAAUCUUGUAAAUGUUAUAUUCAGAAAUUACCGUAGAGAGUUUUAGAUUCUAUCUGGUCUUUUGAAUUGAAAUGAACAAGAUUGUUAGAUUAUAAUCUUUUAUUGUAUGGAUCUAUCAAUACUUUUUUUGAUAAAUAU